AUUGAUCUCAGCCUCUAUGACCAAGUAAGACUCUUGGAGAGCUGCUGGAUGGAAGUUUUAAUGGUUGGUUUGAUGUGGAGAUCAAUCGACCAUCCUGGGAAACUAAUUUUUGCACCAGACCUUGUACUAGACAGGGACGAAGGGAAAUGCGUAGAGGGAAUUUUGGAGAUCUUUGAUAUGCUCCUGGCCAUGACCUCGAGGUUCCGAGAGCUGAAACUGCAGCACAAGGAGUAUCUGUGUGUCAAGGCAAUGAUCCUCCUCAAUUCCAGCAUGUUUCCCCUGUCAGCAGAAGAACCUGAAAGCAACAGGAAACUGCAUCACCUGCUUAAUGUAGUCACAGAUGCUUUGGUGUGGGUUAUUGCAAAGAGUGGAAUCCCCUCGCAGCAGCAGACAACUCGUCUGGCCAAUUUGUUGAUGCUCCUCUCUCACGUCAGACACGCAAGUAACAAGGGAAUGGAGCAUCUCCUCAGCAUGAAGUGUAAAAACGUGGUCCCCGUGUAUGACUUGCUGCUGGAGAUGUUGAACGCGCACACGCUCCGAGGGCAAAGGAAGUCCCCGGUCACACAUCCCGAAUUUGGCCCGUUAGAACAAAUGGAGACUGGAGACAGUCUGCGAAACGGGGCAGCCCAGUAAUUCUGUCAAACCUGGAAAUGUGAAGUUUGUUCAAAGCUACAGGAGAAAACUGUGAUGGGACUGCUGACACGUGACCUGGUGCGAGUCCUCAUCGCUUCUAGAUUUGCACACGCGUUAUCUCGGGAAAGGCUUGUGGGACACACACCUCUGUGUUUCUGACAUGAUAAUAGCUGCACUUUUAUAGUGCCUUUUCUGAGACUCUUCAAAAGCACCUUAUGAAAUGAAGCCUCAGAACAGUACUGCGAGACAGGGAAUUACUGCCUCUCCUUUUUUAGAGGCGGGUGAACCGAGACAGGGGGAUAAAGGGCCUGGUUUGAGAUGACAGAAGAAAUCUGUGUCAGGGCUAGGAGUGAGCACCUAGGUCUCCAUCUCCCAGACCAAGGCUUUUAAGCUCUGACUAGACAAUCUCCUCUUUCAGUGUGAGAUUGUGUGAGAUGUAGAGCAGCACCAUUUGGGCCAGAUCCACUUACCUGUGUGUGCU